CGUUACCCCUCGCAACAGUAACCAAGCAUUGCUUCAGUCUACAAAACCCUGAAGCAUCUUAUUUAAUCAAAUUUAUCUCACAAAUACAGUCAUACAAUACAUUCAAGGAACAUCGUGUGAUGCCUAAAAUUAGCUUGAACACAUUAUGGGAUGUGGCUGCAGCGGAGGUUCGCAACAGGGAUGAUGAAGAGGACGAUGAAGAAGAUGCGCACCUCCCCACUGAGAGGACCGUUUUUUUCAUGGGCAGUAAAGCAGGGGGUAAAACAACAAUACUGCUGAGAAUUCUCGACAGAGAUGAAGCACCUAAGCCCACUCUUGCAUUGGAGUACACUUAUGGAAGACGAGCAAGAGGUCAUAAUACGCCGAAAGACGUAGCUCAUCUAUGGGAAUUAGGAGGGGGCAUUUCUUUAUCAGACCUAGUUCAGAUUCCCAUAACAGCUGACAAUAUCAGUACGUUGUCUGUGGUGCUUGUUUUGGAUCUGUCUAAACCCAAUUCGUUGUGGGAGACUAUGGAGAGACUGCUUGGUUCAGCUCGAAGCCAUGUGGGAAAAGUGUUUUCCUCGAUUCAGAAGACAGGAGAAUCCAGGUCUGGCAAACAACAAAGCCAGAACAGAGUUCCAGGAGUCCUCCACAAAGACUAUCCGGACAGGGAGCUCAUCAGCCCCUUUACAGUCCCUCUACUCAUUAUCGGUAGCAAGUUUGACAUCUUUCAGGACUUUGAUUCAGAGAAGAGAAAGGUGAUCUGUAAGACUCUACGGUUUGUUGCCCACUUUUACGGAGCGUCGCUGAUUUUCACCAACAGCAAAUCAGAAUCGACAAUGUCUAAAGCCAGGAGUCUAGUUAAUCAGCUGGCCUUUGGGACUGAAAGACCAAAGUCAGUAUCUACAGAUCCUAGCAAACCCUUGGUUAUUCCAGCUGGCUUAGACUCCCUCAGUCAGAUUGGUCCCCCUGUGACAUCUGAUGUUGAUAUCGGAGCCCUACAUGCCAAAAACCCCUUAGAUCUUUGGAAAAAGGUUUUUGAAAGGGUUUUCCCUUCAGAGAACACCAAGGAACGUACAGAGCUGAAAGAUCCUGCCAAAGACCCCCAGUAUAGUGAGCCCCUUAUAGAUGCAAUUAGAGCACAGAAAGACCAGGAACUGGAGCAGUACAAACGACAGCAGGCAAAGUCCUGGAAAAGUUUGACGCUGGACCCGUAGAUGUGCUCCAAAUACUGAGCUCAGCAUUAAAGUAAUACAUUGUAUCCCA